UAUAAAGGAUGAAGGAGUAUUACUCGGGCCCUCACUGUGAGUGACGGCACAACUUCGCCGCUGCGGCCAGUUGGGAAUCAGCAUCAUGAAGUGGAUGGUGGUGGCUUUGGGCUGCCUCCAGCUCUUGGAGGCAACACUGAUCAGAGUCCCCCUGAAGAAAUUUAAGUCCGUCCGCGAGACCAUGAAGGAGAAGGGCCUGCUGGAGGAGUUCCUGAGGACCCACAAGUAUGACCCCGUCCAGAAGUACCGCUUUAGUGACUUCAGCGUGGUCUCUGAGCCCAUGGCCUACAUGGAUGCUUCCUACUUUGGUGAGAUCAGCAUCGGGACCCCACCACAGAACUUCCUGGUCCUUUUUGAUACUGGCUCCUCCAACCUGUGGGUGCCCUCUGUCUACUGCCAGAGCCAGGCCUGCACCAGCCACACACGCUUCAACCCUAGCCUGUCCUCCACCUACUCUACCAAUGGGCAGGCCUUCUCCCUGCAGUACGGCAGUGGCAGCCUCACCGGCUUCUUUGGCUAUGACACUCUGAUGGUCCAUGACAUCAAGGUCCCCAACCAGGAGUUCGGCCUGAGUGAAAAUGAGCCGGGUACCAAUUUCCUCUAUGCGACGUUCGAUGGUAUCAUGGGCAUGGCCUACCCUGCCCUGUCCACGGAUGGGGCCACCACCGCCCUGCAGGGCAUGCUGCAGGAGGGCGCCCUCACCUGCCCAGUCUUCAGCUUCUACCUCAGCAGCCAGCAGAGCUCUCAAGACGGGGGAGCAAUUGUCUUUGGGGGUGUGGACAACAGCUUGUACACGGGGCAGAUCCACUGGACCCCCGUCACUCAGGAGCUGUACUGGCAGAUUGGCAUUGAGGAGUUCCUCAUUGGCGAUCAGACCUCUGGCUGGUGCUCCCAGGGCUGCCAAGCCAUUGUGGACACCGGCACGUCUCUGCUCACCGUGCCCCAGCAGUUCAUGAGUGCCCUUCUGCAGGCCACGGGAGCCCAGGAGGACCAGUACAGACAGUUUCUUGUGGACUGUAACAACACUCAGAGCCUGCCCACCUUCACCUUCAUCAUCAGUGGUGUGCAGUUCCCUUUGCCACCCUCCUCCUACAUCCUCAAUAAUGACGAAGGCUGCUGCACCGUGGGGGUCGAGGUCACCUACCUGCCCUCCCAGAAUGGCCAGCCCCUGUGGAUCCUCGGGGACGUCUUCCUCAGAUCCUACUACUCCGUCUACGACAUGAGCAACAACAGGGUGGGCUUCGCCACUGCCGCCUAGACUCAGGGCCUGGACGCCUGGGCUCCCUCCUCCCUCUCAGCCCCCUGCCCCACGUGGGGCUUUCUCUCUGUGCUUCUGCUCUGCAUUCAGCCUUCCUUCUCUGGACUCUGGACUUUCUCUAACAAUAAAUUGUUCUUCUCCACGUUGGCCAGCCUGUGUUUCUAGAG